AUGAGCAGCACCGUGUCCCCAUCUUCUGCCUCGCCCACUGAAGGAGACAAUCUCUGUGAGUAGACCAAUGUCACUGAUGUGGCCAUACACAGUGUGACACUGCUCAUCUGCCUCUGUGGGCUGGUUGGGAAUGGGGCUGUCCUCUGGCUCCUCAGCCUCGAAAGCCGUAACUCUGCCAUUUUUAACCUUGCUGUCGCUGACUUUCUCUUCCUUCUCUUCACGGUCCCGUCUGCUCUUCUCUUCCUGGUGGAGGACAUGUCUUGCUCUCUUGUAAUGCCUCUUCUAUACCUCAGUUUCCUUUCCCAGCUGUCAAUCGUUUCCUACUACUGGGCACUUUUCCAACUGGCAUUCCUCAACCCUGUGGUGAACAUGACCUUCCUCAUCGAGCUCUGCUGCUGCUGUGACCUUCCCGAGCGCCUGUGGUGGGGGGUGGAGAGUGUUCAAGACUGGGCCUUCUUUGCUCUCUUCUCUGUCAUUCCCAUGGUGACAUCCCUGUGCCCAUCACACGAGCAGGAGCAGUGCAGGGCAGCUCUCAUCUCCAUGUUCACAGCCAUCCUGCUCCUCUUUGUUGCACCCAUGCUCAUUUUCUGCACAAUCGACAUCACUGAAGCCAAGAGAGGCUCCAAGAAGCAGCAACCCCAGAGUCGACACAAUGUUGUCUUCUUCAUUGUGCUCUUCACUCUUCUUUUCGGCCUCUGCAAUUUCCUGAAGCAGCUCGAUUACCUCCCUGUGUCCUCCCCGGUUGUUUUUCUCCUGACCUGCAUCCACAGCAGCAUCAAACCCUUCAUCUACUUCCUGGCAGGGAAAUGCUGGAGUCCCUGCUCCAUGGGGUCCCUCCAGCUCUCCCUCCAGAGGGUCUUUGAGUAGCAGAAAGAAAAAGCUGCCUGCAGAAAUGAUGCCCCCAGGAACACAAGGGUCUGA